AUGACACCACGCGCCCUGAUUCAUUUCUACUGAACAGAGUGUAACUAACACGCCCACUGUCUAGGUAACAAGUCGGAUAUAAACGGCACGUGAAGUAGAUUGACAGAGAAACCGCGGAGUGCGAUUUGCUGUGAGACGACGAAAAACUUUGACGAAAACCUAGAGAAAAAAUACGCGAAGGGAUAAGGCAACGUUGCGGAAAACUGUUAACAUUUUGUUCGAGAGUGGAACAUUUGAAUAAUUUCGUUAAGGGGCGUUAUUUUUUCAGAGGUAUUUUGACAUCGUAGGAUAGAUCGUUCCGCUGUGGAGAUUAAACUUCGAUCCAGAUAGAAUACAAUGUCCAUUUCUCAAUCCACUCGUAUACUGCUGACGUGGCUUUGUGCAGUCCUGUAUUCCACAGCAGCCGCCCCAUCAAACCUAGGUGAUUCAUUUUGUGCAGCCUUAUGCUCAUCAGGAGGAAACCACAUCGCGUGUGACUGCAGCUCUUACGACAAAACAUCCCCAGUCAAACGCGGUUUCUCUGUUCAGAAGCGGCGCACGUGUAGACUUCUUUGUUAUUACGGUAUGGGAGGAUAUGCAUGCGAUUGUAGUGCUUCAUCAUUAUCCAAAAGAAGUCAAACUAUUUCUAUUAGAAGUGCCGAAUGCGGUGCUUUAUGCUACUACGGUAUGGGUGGCUCAGCAUGCGACUGCAAUGCCUCCGCCAUCAGUAAGAAAUCCGCCGUGAAACGGAACAGUAGGAAACGAAAUGAAGCUUGCGGCGCACUUUGUUUCUACGGUAUGGGAGGAUCUGCUUGCGACUGCAGCGCCAACGCACUCGGGAAAAGAUCUCAUUAUCUACUCAAACGACCAGGUUUCGAAGCUUGUAGUGCUCUCUGCUAUUACGGAAUGGGAGGCUCAGCCUGCGACUGCAACGCCUCGGCAAUAAGUAAACGAGUCGUGGAGCUUUCAAAACGAGGUGGCGCCUGCCAUACACUCUGCUAUUAUGGAAUGGGCGGUGCCGCCUGCAACUGUAGCGCAUCAGCAAUCAGCAAACGGGGCACAGAGGACGAAGAUGACGUAUCGGUAGACCAGAAAUAAACAUUCCGCGCACGAACACACCCAUUCACACCGGUUACUCCCGCGUUUUCAUUUCUGCUGAAAUUCGACCCGGCAUGCUUUCAAAUGGAGACAAUGUUCUGCUGCAGCCAAGAGAGGGCGGAAUGGUGGUACAUGAUUGCAUACCUCACAACCCACUAGGGUUAUUGUCAUUGUUACUUGAUCCAAGUGCUCAUUUCAACUAUGGAAUAUUGGUUGCAAAAGACUUCGGACGGCAAGAUUGGACGUUCCCGUUUCGAAACUAAAUGCAGUUUGGUGAUUACUAUCGCUCUCCUUGUUCAACUACUACCUGUCGAACAAUAGUUGUACCUUUUUUGUUCGUGAUAUCUCGAAGCAGGCAUUAACUCAAUGAUGGAGUUUUUAGGCGCAAUCUCCGUUAAAGCUGCAAUAAUGUCCUACGGUGUUGUUGUUUUCCGUGUCCUUCUCCCACUUAAACAUGUCCGCGUGCUACUAUAGGAAAAGCGUUGAUAUUUCACCCAUGUUGAAGUGAAGCUAAUAUUUCACCAACUUCUAACUCACAGGUUUCUCUGACGAGGGUCCAAUCUUCUCAGAUGUGAUAAGGAACAGGACAAAAUCAGUCUGGUAAUAACCGGAAUAACCCGAAAAAGCCCGAACCUCUUCGUUCACGAUCGUCAAUUGGCUGGAAGUUAUCACGUGACUUAACAUAUGAAUGGAGGUCUUCUGGAUGUACGGAUAUUAAGACGAGCCACGCUCUUGUGUGGGAUAUAACCUUAGCCACACCUAGCAGUGCCUUUCUCAAGCGAUAAAAGUGAUCACAAAUAACAAAGGAACGCGCUGGAAUUGUUUUCACUUUCUUUCAUUCCGUUUGUCCAACUGUCUAGGGCCUCCAACAACCUGUAUUCGAAACAGUCUCAAAAUAAGCAACAUAUCAGUGAAUAUAAUUUAGUCAGAAUAUAUGUUUUCAACAGAAUAUGAUUUGUAACAUUCCCAUGAAAAUAAAAAGGUAUACGAAUGAUAUAUUUU